CCAGCAGGCAGUCUCGUUUCGAAAGGCCUCGAAGCGUAAAUAAAUUUUCAAUCGACUUUUUUCUUCCAUCUGAAAGACAAACCCAAAACUCUCUCUGCACAACUCCAUUAACAACACGCUUUUACUCUCAACUUGGAUCUCCUCACACCAUGAGAAGAGCUUCGACUCUCGCCUCCUCCGUCAUCUACCGAGCUCUCCUCCCCUACCACGACGCCACCGCCGUCGCCACGGUCCACCACCGGCUCCUCCACGUCGUCUUCUACGGAACCGCCGCGAGCGACGGCGCCACUAGCUUCUCCUCUCGCCGCCGUUGGUUGUCCGCCGCCCUAUCCGCCAGCUCGGCCAAAAUCGCGUCUCUCGGACUCGCCGGAGCUCUGGUCACGGUCGCCGGAGCCACGUCACUGUUUCAGGAGGCCUACGCUAAGGAGCGUCCACCGCCGGAGCUUGUUCCCAAGGAGGUUGUCCUUUAUCAGUACGAAGCUUGCCCUUUCUGUAAUAAGGUUAAAGCAUUCUUGGACUAUUAUGAUUUACCGUACAAAGUUGUGGAGGUGAACCCACUUAGUAAAAAGGAAAUUAAAUGGUCUGAUUACAAAAAAGUGCCUAUACUUAUGGUGGAUGGUGAGCAGCUGGUUGAUUCAUCAGAUAUAAUUGAUAAGCUGGGCAGCAAGAUUCUUCCUGAGAAAUCUAUUGAUUCAGUCCCUAAUGAUGAUGAAGAGAAAAAAUGGCGCCGAUGGGUUGAUAAUCAUUUGGUGCAUGUUCUCUCUCCAAAUAUCUACCGAAAUACUUCUGAGGCUUUGGAGUCCUUUGAUUAUAUUACUAGCAAUGGUAAUUUCGGCUACACAGAGAAACUUACUGUGAAAUAUGCUGGGGCUGCAGCUAUGUAUUUUGUAUCCAAGAAUCUGAAGAAGAAGUAUAACAUUACCGAUGAACGUGCAGCCUUGUACGAAGCUGCAGAAACUUGGGUGGAUGCACUAAAUGGCCGGGACUUUCUAGGGGGUUCAAAACCUAAUUUAGCUGAUCUUGCCGUCUUUGGGGUUCUAAGACCUAUCCGCUAUCUGAGAUCGGGUAGAGAUAUGGUGGAGCACACCCGUAUUGGUGAAUGGUACACAAGAAUGGAGACUGUUGUGGGAGAGUCUUCAAGGAUCAAGGCUUAGUACGAUAUAGAAGUUAUUUAUAGUUAUACUUCAUUUGCAGCUUCUGUCACCGAGCAAAUAUGUCCAAAUGACAGAGAGGAGCGACUUUUUUAUCCAACAUUUGUGGAAAGAUUUUGUUACAAAGGUUGGUGAUAUUAAAACAUUGUUUUUGUUUUUGUUUUUGUGGGCAAAUUCAUUGCUUCUAGGUUUAAUAUUCAAUGGUUACAUGUGCCAGUAUUAAAUUUUUGGCACAUUUGAUGAAAUAAAGAAGCUUAAGAUGCAUUUUGUAAUA